AACAGAAAGUCUGGUCAGCUGAUCACCCUGCUGGCUCCAUUUAAAAAGGCGUAUAUCAGCAACACAUUUGAAGACUGCUGAGUGGACCUGUGUGUGGAAGUGAACAUGUUCUCCGUGAUAGCAGGUCAUCUGCAGCUUGUGCAGCUCUGCAUUAUGACCAUCCUCUCUUUUUUUAACAGACUUUUGGACAACGUUCGCUUUUCCUGGGGAGCCUGUACAGGGCCAGGCACUGGGCCAGGAGUCAACAAAACAAGCCCGAAGGCAGUGACUCCCACCAGCGUCAACUACCAUUUUACACGCAAGUGUAACUACAAGUGUGGCUUUUGUUUCCAUACUGCAAAAACAUCCUUUGUGCUGCCUCUGGAGGAAGCCAAGAGAGGCCUCACACUCCUGAGGGAUUCAGGAAUGGAAAAAAUCAACUUCUCUGGUGGAGAACCAUUCUUAGAUGAAAAAGGAGACUAUCUUGGAAAAUUGGUCCAAUACUGUAAACAAGAGCUCCAACUUCCAAGUGUCAGCAUCGUCAGCAAUGGAAGUAUGAUCAGAGAAAAAUGGUUCCAAAAAUAUGGUGAGCAUCUUGACAUCCUGGCAAUAUCUUGUGACAGUUUCAACGAAGCGACCAACCAACUGAUUGGCCGAGCUCAAGGCAGCAAGAGUCACCUGGACAGCCUGUAUAAGAUCUGUAGCUGGUGCCAGCAGUAUAAAGUGGCCUUCAAAAUCAACUCGGUCAUCAACGCCUUCAAUGUGGAUGAGGACAUGGUGGAGCCAAUUGUUCGGCUCAAUCCAGUCCGAUGGAAGGUGUUCCAGUGUCUGCUGAUUGAUGGUGAGAAUGUGGGUGAGAAAGCCCUCAGAGAGGCUGAGAGGUUCAUCAUCAGUGAGGAGCAGUUUCAGGACUUUCUGGACAGACACAGCAGUGUCCCCUACCUGGUUCCUGAGUCCAAUGAGAAGAUGAGAAAUUCUUACUUGAUCUUGGAUGAAUACAUGCGUUUCUUGGACUGUCGAGAGGGUCGAAAGGACCCAUCCAAGUCCAUCCUCGAUGUUGGCGUGGAAAAGGCCAUCAACUUCAGUGGCUUUGACGAGAAAAUGUUUCUAAAAAGAGGAGGGAAGUAUGUGUGGAGCAAAGCCAACAUGAAGUUGGAGUGGUGACUUUUUACAAUUCACGGACUUCAUUUGUUGUCCUUACUGUGCACUUUAACCUUCCUGUUGGUAUUCUCAAAAAUGCUAUGUCUUAUAUGCAGUAAAUAUGCCAGGUGCUUGUUAUUCAUUCAUUAUAUUGAUGCUAGAAUUAAAGAACAUUUUGUCUUGCAGUGAUGAAAAAAAUUAAGAUAUUAUUAAUAAAUAUUAUAUUCAUGUAAUGUUCUAAUGUACUGUAUAUAAAUUAUAUCAAAAUAUAAAUUUUUCUAGUAGUCUGAAAUAUAUUUGUUUAUUUUGAAAAGCAAAUAUUUAUAUAUAAUAAUAUAAUAUAUAAUAUUUGAAAUAAUUUGAACUGUUCUAAUGUAACUUUUUUAUAGUCUAAAACAGGGGUUGUCAAAGUCAAUCACGCAGGGGGCUAGUUUAGGUUCGACAUGGACAUUUCUUACAUCAGAGUGGGGUAAAUGUAAAUUUAUUUUGCCUGCUUGAAAUUUCUACUUUCCAAGAAUUUCUGUGAAUAUAUGACUAUGGUUGUUUUGGUGUGAGUUGUUGGUUUCAUUAAAGUGAUUAGCUCUACCUCCGCUUUGUCAUUCUCCCAAUGUCCGGGCAAAAGCUACAGUAUUAGAUAUCAACACAAAAACAUCACAAUCCAAAUCCACGAGAUGUGUAACCUGGAAGACUAUGCAUCUGUGGAAUGUGCAGAUUAUGCAUGCUUUGCUGUAGUUAAAAUUAUCACUUUUGAUUGUCUAAUGCAUUUUUAAGGUGUUAUUUUGUACAGACAGGGUGUAAUAAAUAAAGUGUGAC